UCGCGGGCGGCCCCAGUCCUGGGCCCGGCGGUGGCCCGCGGCCUGCGGGCGGCGCUGUGGCCCGUUGGGCGGCCCCACGGAGCCGCCAUAGCCUCCCGCCUCCCGCGACCCAACGUCUGCGCCGCCGGCCUCGCGCCGCCGCCAUGGCCGACGUGGAAGACGGCGAGGAACCCUGCGCCCUGUCCUCUCACUCCGGGAGUGCAGGAUCCAAGUCGGGAGGCGACAAAAUGUUCUCUCUCAAGAAGUGGAACGCGGUGGCCAUGUGGAGCUGGGACGUGGAGUGCGAUACGUGCGCCAUCUGUAGGGUCCAGGUGAUGGAUGCCUGUCUUAGAUGUCAAGCUGAAAACAAACAAGAGGAUUGUGUUGUCGUCUGGGGAGAAUGUAAUCAUUCCUUCCAUAACUGCUGCAUGUCCCUGUGGGUGAAACAGAACAAUCGCUGCCCUCUCUGCCAGCAGGACUGGGUGGUCCAAAGAAUCGGCAAAUGAGAGCAGUGGAAGGUGUCCUUUGUGCAGUUGUUUGGAGCCCUGGUGGAUCUUGUUAUCAGGUGCCCUACAAAGGCUAGAACUCUCCAGGGGACUAAUUCUUUGAAUCGGAGGCGGUGGAUCUGCGGUCUUUUGGGACUCAUCAGGCACGGGUUAGCCUUUUUCAGUUUUAUUUUCAGAAAUUCUCUACAGUUAAGAAGAUAAUUUAUUCAAGAUGGUCUUUCCUACCUCUGUGGUAUGUGUCUCACACACUGCUUAUAAGUGCUAUAAAGGAGAGAACUAUAAAUUGAACGACGUUUAUAAUUUACCUACUGAUAGCCAAGGAGCUACGGAAGCAGUUCCGUUCAGAAGAGAACUUUUUGCAUGCUUAUGGUUGAUCAGUUAAAAAAAAAAAACCAAUGUUAUAGUAACAAAUAAAGUGCAGUUGAAAACCCAACUCUUAUCCUUAAUCUGUUCCUAAUAUUUAUUUUUGGCAGGGAGGGGGAUGAUUCAUGAAAUCUUUAUUUGAUAUAAUGAGAAUUUUAAGUUUAGACCAGUGAACAGGGUAAAUAAAAUUUAACCUUUGGUUGUAUGAGAUUUCAGUUGUCUUCUACGUUAUCAUCCUCUAUCUCUGACUCAUCAAGAAAACCUAGAUCUGCACUCACCUCACUGUUCAAUUACUGAGUGGUAAAGGACAGAAGUAUUUUCAAGUUCUGGUCAUAUUGGGUUGUAAUUUAACUGUGUUUUAGGAGGAACGUUAAUGAGGGGAAAAUGUUUACCAUUGUAGCAUUGGAUCAAAAAGUUUAUUUUAUCACACGAUGUUUUAAUAAACGGUUUAUUCUGUUUACCUCA